UUUUAACAAUUUAUUCUAAAUGUUCAAAUAAGUAAUUGGUCCAACAAGCUUUAGUUUAACCUUCUACUAGAGAGGUAGCCUCAAUCUCCCCGAACAUUUACAUGAUGAUAUAUGGAAACAUUGAGGACCUCUACCAAAAACCCAUACCUUCUCCCGCCACGUAUAUAUUGGAUCCCCGCGGCUCUGUUCCUCUCUCUCUCGUCCAAAUCACCGAAGACAACCAGCACAUUAAAAUUCUUCCCAACCUUCCCAAAAUGCCCCCCAACCGCCCCGCUUACCUGCUCUCCGCCCUCCUCCUCGCCGCCGCCGCCGCGGCCGUCGGCGCGCGUCGCCACGCGUCGCCGGCCGCGAACGCUACCUUCGCCGGAGAGCCCGUCUACCUCUGGCCGCUGCCCAAGAGCGUCUCGUCCGGAUCCCGGACGCUGACGGUGGACCCGGACCUCGCGCUCGACCCGCAGGGCCUCGGCGGCCGCUCCCCGGCCGUGGCCGAGGCGUUCCAGCGGUACCGGGGCCUCGUGUUCGCGCCGUGGGCGCACGCCGCGCGCGCGGGCCGCGCGCGGUACGACGUCACCAGGCUCACCGUCGUCGUUGCCUCCGCCAACGACACGCUGGCGCUGGGGGUGGACGAGAGCUACGCCAUCUACGUGGCGGCGGCCGGGGGCGUCGAUUCCAUCGUCGGAGGAGCAAUCAUUGAGGCAAACACAAUAUAUGGAGCUAUUCGAGGACUGGAGACAUUCAGUCAACUUUGUGUUUUCAACUAUGACACCAAAAAUGUUGAAGUGCACAAUGCUCCAUGGCAUAUCCAAGAUGAGCCCCGCUUUGCUUUUCGUGGGCUGCUCCUAGACACCUCAAGGCAUUAUCUUCCAGUUGAUGUUAUUAAGCAAGUGAUCGACUCUAUGUCAUUUGCUAAGCUGAACGUUCUUCAUUGGCAUAUCAUCGAUGAGCAAUCCUUUCCAUUGGAGGUGCCAACAUAUCCAAACCUUUGGAAAGGUUCAUACUCCAAAUGGGAGCGCUACACCGUGGAAGAUGCACAUGAUAUUGUCAACUACGCUAAGAAAAGAGGUAUCAAUGUGAUGGCAGAAAUUGACGUGCCUGGUCAUGCAGAAUCAUGGGGAAAUGGAUACCCAAAGCUCUGGCCUUCUCCCAUUUGUACAGAGCCAUUAGAUGUCUCUAGUGAUUUCACAUUUGAAGUAAUUUUUGGAAUUUUGUCUGAUAUGAGGAAAAUCUUUCCAUUCGGGCUGUUUCACUUGGGUGGUGAUGAAGUAUACACAGGGUGCUGGAACACAACGCCUCACGUGCGGCAGUGGAUGGACGAGCGCAAAAUGACCACGAAGGACGCUUACAAAUACUUCGUUCUGAAGGCCCAGGAGCUGGCGAUCAAGCUGAACUGGACUCCCGUGAACUGGGAAGAAACCUUCAACUCGUUCGAAGAAAACCUCAAUCCACUGACGGUUGUGCACAACUGGCUGGGGCCCGGAGUCUGCCCAAAGGUUGUGGCCAAGGGUUUCAGAUGCAUAAUGAGCAACCAAGGCGUCUGGUACCUGGACCACCUCGACGUCCCCUGGGAGGACGUCUACAGCGGCGAGCCGCUCGCCGGGAUCAGCGACAGAGAGCAGCAGAAGCUGGUGCUCGGCGGGGAGGUCUGCAUGUGGGGCGAGACGGCCGACACGUCCGACGUCCUGCAGACAAUCUGGCCCCGAGCCGCCGCAGCGGCAGAGCGUCUGUGGAGCCAGCUGGAGGCCAUAUCCGCCCAGGACGUCGAGACGACCGUGCUGUCACGGCUACACCGCUUCAGGUGCCUGCUGAACCACCGUGGGGUCGCCGCGGCUCCUGUCACGAACUACUACGCUCGGAGGCCGCCGGUCGGCCCGGGUUCGUGCUUCGUUCAGUAAAGCAAGCAGCCAAGCAGGAAGUCGAAAUAAAACCGCACCGUUCAAACCUCCUUCGAGCUCGGGCAGUACUGCAUUUGUUUUCUGGCGGCGGGGUGCGUCGCUGUCGGGGACCGGACGCCAUCUUUUCCUCAGUUUGGCCUUGACCUGAAACCCGCUGGUCCAAGCUGCGCAUUAAUGGCGCGUGUAAUUUGCGACCACCUGUUGUGCUUGGGUGGUUUGGAGUGACGACAAUGGGUUUGGCACCUUGUUCUAUACUUCCAAUAUAGAGAGAGAGGUCACUGUCCUUCCCAUGCCACCUUCUUCAUUGCCCAUGUAUGUCUUUGGCCUUUUGCUCUAUCUAUAUAUA